GUAGAAAAAACGGGAGUGGAUGGUUCCAACUGCAAGGUCCACCCUAAAGGAAUUGGAGUCAGGGCCCAGGAGCCACAGGCCACUGCACUGGGGCAUCCCAGGAUUUGGAAUUCAGCUGUGAGCUCAUGAGCUGAUGGAUGUUUCCAGGAGUACCCUGAAGACCACCCAGGUGGGAGUGUAAGAUAACCUUCCAGAUAAAGAGUUGCUGCUACCAAAAGAGUGCUGACACCAUCACAGUAUGUUCCCUUCUCAACCCUGGACACGGUUCAAAAGCAGCUAAAGCAGACAAGAAUCUGGGGCAGCCAAUAUUGUACCACCUGCCAAAGCUUGGCACAAACAAUCUGGAAGCCAAAAAUUGCACAUACUGUGUCAUGAAGGUGAAGGAGGAGAAGGCUGGGGUAGGAAAGCUGGACCACACUAACCACAGGAGGAGAUUUCCGGAUCAGAAAGAAUGCCCUCCUAUCCACAUUGGGCUUCCAGUACCCAGUUACCCUCAAAGAAAAACUGACCAGAAGGGACAUCUUUCAGGCCUGCAAAAAGUCCACUGGGGCCUGCGGCCAGACCAGCCACAGCAGGAACUGACUGGCCCCGGGAGUGGGGCAAGCAGCCAGGACAGCAGCAUGGAUCUUAUCAGCAGGACUCGGUCCCCAGCUGCUGAGCAGCUCCAGGACAUCCUGGGGGAGGAAGAUGAGGCUCCCAACCCCACCCUCUUCACAGAGAUGGACACUCUGCAGCAUGACGGAGACCAGAUGGAGUGGAAGGAGUCAGCCAGGUGGAUAAAGUUUGAAGAAAAGGUAGAGGAAGGCGGCGAACGCUGGAGCAAGCCCCACGUGUCCACACUAUCCCUGCACAGCCUCUUCGAGCUCCGUACCUGCCUGCAGACGGGGACGGUGCUGCUGGAUUUGGACAGUGGCUCCUUACCACAGAUCAUAGAUGAUGUCAUUGAGAAGCAGAUUGAGGAUGGUCUCCUGCGGCCAGAGCUCCGGGAGAGGGUCAGUUACGUCCUCCUGAGGAGGCAUCGCCACCAAACCAAGAAGCCCAUCCACCGCUCCUUAGUCGACAUUGGGAAGUCAGUCUCCACCACAAAUCGCAGUCCUGCCCGGAGCCCUGGUGCUGGCCCGAGUCUACACCACUCCACGGAAGACCUGCGGAUGCGGCAGAGUGCAAAUUACGGACGUCUGUGUCAUGCCCAGAGCAGAAGCAUGAAUGACAUUUCUCUCACCCCAAACACAGACCAGCGGAAAAACAAAUUCAUGAAGAAGAUCCCCAAGGACUCCGAAGCCUCCAACGUGCUUGUGGGCGAGGUGGACUUCCUAGACCAGCCAUUCAUCGCGUUCGUGCGCCUCAUCCAGUCGGCCAUGCUGGGAGGAGUGACCGAGGUGCCUGUCCCCACCAGAUUUCUGUUUAUACUGCUGGGACCUUCUGGGAGAGCAAAAUCCUACAAUGAAAUUGGCCGUGCCAUUGCAACCCUCAUGGUAGAUGAUCUCUUCAGCGACGUAGCCUACAAAGCCCGCAAUCGGGAAGAUCUGAUUGCAGGAAUUGAUGAAUUUCUGGAUGAGGUCAUCGUCCUUCCUCCUGGAGAAUGGGACCCAAAUAUCCGAAUCGAGCCCCCCAAGAAGGUGCCCUCUGCUGACAAGAGGAAAUCUGUGUUCUCCCUAGCAGAGCUGGGCCAGAUGAAUGGCUCUGUGGGAGGAGGCGGCGGAGCUCCUGGAGGAGGCAAUGGAGGUGGUGGUGGUGGUGGCAGUGGUGGCGGGACUGGCGGUGGUGGGGCCGGCGGAACAAGCAGCGGGGAUGAUGGAGAGAUGCCAGCCAUGCAUGAAAUCGGGGAGGAACUUAUCUGGACAGGAAGGUUCUUCGGUGGCCUGUGUCUGGAUAUCAAGAGGAAGUUGCCCUGGUUCCCAAGUGACUUCUAUGAUGGCUUCCACAUUCAGUCCAUCUCUGCCAUCCUAUUCAUCUACCUCGGCUGUAUCACCAACGCGAUCACCUUUGGUGGGCUUCUGGGGGAUGCCACCGACAAUUAUCAGGGAGUGAUGGAGAGCUUCCUGGGCACUGCCAUGGCUGGCUCCUUGUUCUGCCUCUUCUCGGGACAGCCUCUCAUCAUUCUCAGCAGCACGGGACCCAUCCUCAUCUUUGAGAAGCUCCUCUUCGACUUCAGCAAAGGCAAUGGCCUGGACUACAUGGAGUUCCGCCUCUGGAUUGGCCUACACUCAGCUGUCCAGUGCCUUAUCCUAGUGGCCACAGAUGCCAGCUUUAUCAUCAAAUAUAUCACCCGCUUCACCGAGGAGGGCUUCUCCACCCUCAUCAGCUUCAUCUUCAUCUACGAUGCCAUCAAGAAGAUGAUCGGUGCCUUCAAGUACUACCCUAUCAAUAUGGACUUCAAGCCAAACUUCAUCACUACCUACAAGUGCGAGUGUGUCGCCCCUGACACAGUGAAUACAACUGUGCUCAAUGCUUCAGCCCCAUUGGCACCAGACACCAACGCUUCUCUGUACAACCCCCUUAACCUCACAGCGUUGGACUGGUCCCUGCUGAGCAAGAAGGAGUGUCUGAGCUACGGCGGGCGCCUGCUUGGGAAUUCCUGCAAGUUUAUCCCGGACCUGGCGCUCAUGUCCUUCAUCCUUUUCUUUGGGACAUACUCCAUGACCCUGACCCUGAAGAAGUUCAAAUUCAGCCGCUAUUUUCCUACCAAGGUCCGGGCCCUGGUGGCUGACUUUUCCAUUGUUUUCUCCAUCCUGAUGUUCUGUGGAAUCGAUGCCUGUUUCGGCCUGGAAACCCCCAAGCUGCAUGUGCCCAGUGUCAUCAAGCCCACGCGGCCUGACCGAGGCUGGUUCGUGGCCCCCUUUGGGAAGAACCCGUGGUGGGUAUACCCAGCAAGCAUCCUGCCCGCCCUGCUGGUGACCAUCCUGAUCUUCAUGGACCAGCAGAUCACUGCCGUCAUUGUCAACCGGAAGGAGAACAAACUGAAGAAGGCUGCCGGCUACCAUCUGGACCUGUUCUGGGUGGGCAUCCUCAUGGCUUUGUGCUCCUUUAUGGGGCUCCCCUGGUACGUGGCUGCCACGGUCAUCUCCAUUGCCCACAUCGACAGCCUCAAGAUGGAGACAGAGACCAGUGCCCCUGGGGAGCAGCCCCAGUUUCUGGGAGUCAGGGAACAGAGAGUGACCGGCAUCAUCGUCUUCAUCCUGACGGGAAUCUCUGUCUUCCUGGCUCCCAUCCUAAAGUGUAUCCCCCUGCCGGUGCUGUACGGAGUCUUCCUCUACAUGGGCGUGGCCUCCCUGAAUGGCAUCCAGAUGGGGACCGGAGGGUCAGAAUUCAAAAUCCAGAAGAAGCUGACUCCAUUCUGGGAACGCUGCAAGCUCUUCCUGAUGCCGGCCAAGCACCAGCCGGACCACGCCUUCUUGCGGCACGUGCCGCUGCGCCGGAUCCACCUCUUCACCCUGGUGCAGAUCCUCUGCCUGGCGGUGCUCUGGAUCCUCAAAUCCACGGUGGCUGCCAUCAUCUUCCCGGUCAUGAUCCUGGGCCUCAUCAUUGUUCGAAGGCUUCUGGAUUUCAUCUUUUCCCAGCACGACCUGGCCUGGAUUGACAACAUCCUCCCAGAGAAGGAAAAAAAGGAGACAGACAAGAAGAGGAAGAGAAAGAAAGGGGCCCACGAGGACUGUGAUGAGGAGGAAAAAGAUCUUCCAGUUGGAGUUACUCACUCUGAUUCUUCCUUCAGUGACACAGAACUUGACCGAAGCAUCACCUUGCACUUCAAAAUCUCCUGUCCAGCUUCACCUGCUUUCAACUACUCACGGAACCCAGUGUUCAUGGUGCCACAGGUGAAGAUAGAGAUGGAGUCAGACUAUGACUUCACAGACAUGGAUAAAUACCGAAGAGAAACUGACAGCGAGACCACCCUCUAGGAUGAAGCAGUUUCUCCCAGAUGGGAGAUGGAGAGCCUGGCUUAGUCUUCACUGGGAGGGUCUUAACUUCUCUGUGCCUGUUUCCUUCUUUAUCAAAAAGAGGGAGUCCAUCUGCCUAUAGAAAACUGGAGAUCUAUUGAUGAAAAGUACUGCUUAGAUGCAAAGCUCUCCCCUUCCCUUUGUAGCAAUUAAAAUACCUAAAGCUAAAUAUUAUAUUUUAUUUUAAAAUGCAGUUCAGCAUAGAAAUUCUAACAUUUCUUUGGAAAUAAAAAAAUGCUUGUUUCUCCAAACCAUAGCUAAGAUAAAGGGGCAAUAGUCAAUUCAUAUUUAAAACAAACAUCAAUUUAAAAUUGUUUAAAGGUUAGAUUUAAAUAUAGAUGUUCUCGAACAAACUCGUAAUAUACUUUUAUGUCACUAGACCAUCUUUGGAAUAUUUGGCAAUUCUGCAUAUUAAGAAAUGCUGAAAAGGUCCUAUCUUUUCUCCCUGUCACAUCCGAUUUCCUAAGGGUUAUAUGAAAAGUUUGAACCAGCCGGGCACAGUGGCGCACGCCUGUAAUCCUAGCACUUUGGGAGGCCAAGGCAGGUGAAUUGCCUGAGCUCAGGAGUUCGAGACCAGCCUAGGCAACACGGUGAAACCCCGUCUCUACUAAACUACAAAAAAUUAGCCGGGUGUGGCGGCAUGCGCCUGUAGUCCCAGCUAUUGGGAGGCUGAGGCAGGAGAAUCGCUUGAACCCAGGAGGCAGAAGUUGCAGUGAGCCGAGAUGGCACCACUGCAGUCCAGCCUAGGCAACAGAGUGAGACUCCGUCCCCAAACAAAAAAAAAGUUUGAACCAUCUACAUUAUGGGCCUUGCUCCAGAAGUGUGACUGGGGCUUUCCCAGAUUGAAAAGCCAGCUCCAAAACUCUGUUAAUGAAAGAACCAAUGCAUCUGAGUGGAUAAAUGUUUCUAAAAUAAAAUAGUUCUUGUUAAAGUGAAAUUUGAAACCACACGUUAAAUCAAAAUGAUCCUUUAAAUUAGUAUCACUGGUUUUUCAUACCUGGAAUCACAUUUCAUUAUACAUUUGGGUGGGUCCUCCCUGCAAAUUUUCAAUGUUUAUUCCCAAAGUCAAACUCCCAUUCAUGUGAACAGUACAGGUUGGACAGAGGUAAUGUCACAUUUUACAUUACAACUUUGCAAUAUUAAUCAACCUAGUACUUUAAAGGAAUGAUUGAAAACUAUUUGGGAAGAUAAAAACCAGUUUCAAUGAAGCAAACGUAUUCCUCAUGAAACUUAUGAUCAGUCAUUUUACCUUCAAUCCACAUUUAAUGAACACCAACCAUGUUGAUUUAAUGCCUACUAUGACCCUGACAGCCACAGUGCAUCUGACACUUUCUCCAAAACAACUAUGAUUUGAACCUUGAGUAAAUCACUUGAACCUUGAGGUUAGAGUUACUAUAUUUGCUCAAGAUGACAAAUGCAGGUGCUUUCUUUUUUAAAGAAAAAUGACACUAGAUCAUUAACAUCUUGAGUAUAGGACAGGUAAUUGCCUCUGUAAUUCCCAGAGUCUAGUGUAGUGCCUGGUCCAUAGAAAGCUCUAAGUGUUUGAUUACAUUUAAUCUCAGAGGUCCCUUCCAAGGGAUACUGCCAAGAGGUGAAGCUCUAAACCUCUACUCUUACUGAGAGCAGAAUUUCUUAGCUAAUCCAGAACCAUCUCCUAUGCUUAAGUAUAAAUUCUUGUCAGACACAGUGGCUCACACCUGUAAUCCCACUACUUGGGAGGCAGAGGUGGGGGGAUCAGUAGAGGUCAGGAGGUCAAGACCAGCCUGGGCAACAUAGUGAGACCCAUCUCUAAACAAAUGUUUAAAAAUUAGCCAGGCAUGCUGGCACACACCUGUAGUCCCAGCCAUUUCGGAGGCUGAUGCAGGAGGAUCAUUUAAGCCCAGGAGUUCAAGGCUGCAGUGAGCUAUGAUCAUGCCACUGCACUCCAGCCAGGGAGACAGCUGGAACCCAUGUCUUAUAAACAAUAAUAAUUUAUUUUUUUUUUAAGUAUUUAUCAUCUGCACCAAUCCUGGGGAAGCUAACAAUCCACCCUUAACACAUUUCAGUUUUAAAACCUGGGUGAUCUGGACUAGAACUUUGUCCAAAUUAAAUUGUAGAAAUGCUAUGGAUUCAAGAGUAAACCUGCUUGAUUAAUCAAACAAGCUGGAAAACUACUGUUAAUUUCUUUGUUGUAAAUUGAUCACUGUAAUUUUACCUUACAUGUCAUUUAUAUUUUGUAUAUACAUGAACAUUUUAAUUUCCAUAGCUUUUAACAGGUUGACGUAAUACUUCUCCAUGCAGUAAGUCAGUCAUUUUUUCCACUUGUAACUGUAAUUCAAUAAAAUUUAAUCCUGUCUGGUCAUCUUGCUCCAUGUUUAAUAAUCUAGGUAAGCAGGCAAGGCUUAUAGACAUAAGCUAUACGUCACUUACAAAAACAUCUCCAGCAAACUAUCUAAACUUCUUUAAACUGCA